AUGUUCACGGCGCCAGAGCAGCCUCCGCUCCCGCGAGCCCUGAUGGGCGGAGCAGCGGCUGCUGCAGGAGGCACCUCGCCUCCGGCGCCGGCGACGACGGCCACCGCGGCAGCAACGGACAGCCAGCCUCGGGCACCGACGGCAGCGGCGGCAGCAGCCGCGGCCCGCCAGCCUCAGGCACCAGCGGCGGCGGCAGCAGCAGCCGCGGCCAGCCAGCCUCAGGCACGAGCAGCGGCGACCGCGGCAGGAGCAGCCGGGGCGAUGUCGCUCGAGGCAGCCGACGUACCACCGCCUCCAGUUGCGCCCGUCUCAGGAUGGCCGGCGCAGUCGUUCACGGAGCAGGGGACCACCGGCGGCUGGCGGCCGAAUGACACGCAGGGCCCGCAGCCGUGGCAGGGCUUCGAGAGGCUCGACGUCUGGCUGGUGCAGGUGAAGAGAUGGAGCCGGCGCACGGGGCUGCCAGCAGAGCAGCAGGCGGGCAAGGUCAUAGACGGUCUACCUCCAGACCUGCAGGAACGCCUCCUGCAUUAUCAGGACGAGCUCGACGGCCCGCCGGGCAUGGAGACGCUCUACGCGUUCCUGAAGAGGUGCAGGGGCGACCAGGACGACGACGAGGCGAAGGAGGCGUACAGGCUCGUGCUCGAGGACACGGAGAUCCGCUCGGGGGAGACGUACACGCAGUACGUGAUGAGGCGGGAUCUCCAAGUACGCACGGCUCGGCGACAUGGUCUGGACUUACCGGAGAAAGUGCAAAUGCAGCAGUUGAAGAACGGAUCAGGGCUGACAGAGCAGAACAUGAUAAACCUUCUGUCGAUCACUCAGGGCAAGGAGGACCUGGAGUCGAUCAAGCGUGGGCUGAUGAAGAUGGAUGUUCGGAAAAAGGGGUCGCAAGCAAGAAAGCAGAAGGUGUACGUCGCGGACCAGAGUGACGACGAAGAUGGGAGCGCCGACGCCGCCAUCUACUACGAGUUCGAGCAGGACCUCAUCAUGGACGACGCUGACGCGGCGGCCUUCUACGAGGCGAUCGAGAGCCAGGAGUUGGACGAAGAUCAGGCAGUGGCUGUGCUGGCCGCAGUUCUGGAUGAGAAGCGAGCGACCUCGGGCAAGCCUCGAAAGUGGGCUGAGAGCAGAGAGCUGAAGAAGGCGAUCGCGCGAAACCGAAACUUCUUCGACAGCAAGCGCAGCGGUGGCAAGCCGGCCCCACGGCCGGGAACAGGGCAUCAGCAACUGAGCGUCAGCCAACUGAAGCUCAGGACGAGGUGCGCCAACUGCAGUCAGAAGGGACACUGGCGAAAGGAGUGCACCAACCCGUACAAGCCUAAGCCGACGACGACGGGAUCCACGCAGAAGGAGCCCCCGCGUCCCAAGAGAGAUGGCGAUCGUUCCUACUACCUGGCAGCGACCACCGAGGACGACGGCGACUUCGGCUCCCUCAUCGUGGGCAGCCAUCGGAUUCUCGAGCUGUGCCGGAAAGUGCGGGGAGACGACGAGGCCUACGCGUUCGAGAUGCACCCUCAGGAUGAGCCCGAGGGCAUGAUAGACACAGCGGCCGGACAGGCACUGGUAGGGAAGAAACAGUUGACGACCCUGAUCGGCAAGUACCGUGAGCGCGGCUGGAACAUCCCCUUUCGUGAGGUGAAUCACGUGGGGACCGCGAAGGGGAUCGGAGGAAGCUCGAAGGUGAUCGGCGAAGCCAUGGUGCCUGUGACGAAGGGCGGCAUCAGGUGCCUGAUCCUGUUCAGGGUCAUCGCCGAGGACGUGCCCUUGCUGCUCCCGGUGCGCUGGCUGGAGAGCCUGGGCGCCGUCGUGGACCUCGAGAAGAACACCAUGAAUCGGCAGAGGUCCGGGCACCGGACCAUAGGACUUUUGGACGAGAGCAGCCCGCAGGAAUUCGAGAUUCCGGCAGGCGCUCAGCUGGACUGCAGUCUGGUGAGGAAGGACAGCAGGAAGGAGAGGAAGCCCAGCACGCCGCGCCAGUCGGUCCGGUUCGAGGACAAGAUGGAUACGAACAGCCAGGCGUCCUGGGAGCAGAUCGGCGAAGAGGACGAGUCGGACUCGCCGACCGGCCCGCUCGGGGAGAUGCCGUGGCCAGAGUCGAUCAAGGCCACCGGUCAGCUGACGACAGCCGAGAAGGGAUGGAAACGCAUGAUGGUUCAGCUGGCCGAUCACAUCGCAGCCGAGAAGAUGACGAACAUGAUGCAGGAGAUUCGAGCAGAGCAGGUGACCAAGACGGGGCAGCUGGAGUGCAGCCACCCGACCUCCGCACUCUUCGAGACGGAGAACCAGUACAGCAGGUGGGCCAAGUGCCUGGCGUGCGACAAGAAGCUGUGGAUGCGCCCGCUGACGAAGGAAGAGCGCCGAGCCCAGCUGCAGCGCAAGGCCGAGAAGCAGGCCAGGAAGGAAGCGCGGCAGACCAUGGAGCGGGAGCUGGCGCAGGAGGCGCCCUUCGAGCCACCCAAGAGGGUUCACAAGGUCAAGCCGCCGUCGACGAAGACAGCUACCCCGUCGGCAUCAUCCAGUUCGGGCGCCACGACGGAGCUAGGACAGCUGGCCAGCGCCAUGCAGGCCAACACCGAGACGCUGAGCAAGAUGGCGACAGCGAUCGAGCGCCUGGUACAGACUCUACUUGCGGAGGCCCCGAGCGACAGCCUGAAGGUGGAGAUCUGGGUCACCCCGCCGCCGGGAUUGACUGGGGCGACCACCAACGAGCUCACGUGCCACGUUCCCAGGGAAGUUCGGGAUGCCGUUCUGACCGCGACCGGGGGGAAAACCGUCAGGAAGCAGAAGCGUCAUCGGAAGCGUCUGAUCCAGGACUAUCUGGCCGAGUCAGGUCGGAAGCUCGUGAUGGAACUCUUUUCGGUCCCUCGCACGACCGCCGACUUGAAGAGUCGGGGCUACCCAGUGUCUCGCAGCCUCGAUCUUCGCACAGGCUACGACCUGUCGACCGAUGCCGGAGAGCGAACGGCCUGGGCCCUGCUGGAGGCCGACCAGCCUGAGGUCGUGGUCAUGUCUCCUGAGUGCCUGCCGUUCUCAAUAGCCCGACGACCCAGCUGGAAAAGGAUGACGGCCGAGCGGCUUCGAGAAGCCGAAGAAAAGGGGAUUCGCUUCAUGUCCUUCUGUAUGAGAGUGGCCGAGUACCAGAUGACCAGGGGCAGGGGGUUUCUUCUGGAGCAUCCGGUGGGGGCCUGCUCGUGGGAGCUCGCCUCGGUGCGGGAGAUUUCGAGUCGACCAGGCGUGGUUUCCGGGGUCGCCGAUCUCUGCCAGUAUG